AUGCCGACCGCCAGGGAGAUGGAAGCGAAGGCAGCAGAGCCUGACCCUACCUUCUCCUUCAAUGCAGUGGAGGAUAUCAUCCCGCUCUUCAACAGCGAUGUAGAGAAAGGGAUCUCAACAUUGCUCCACAGGUUUCAUGCAACUACGCUACUUGAGUCCAAGACCACCGCACGCAUCAUCGCUAGGUUCCUCUUCCUCUCCGAUGGUCUGGACAAGGAGAGAGUGUCGACAUACCUGAGUGGAGAGGAGGAGCUGAACCGAUCUGUGCUCUCCAGUCUGAUGGAGAUGUGUGUAUCAUCCAAGGAAUGCCAUCGCCUCGAUUUCGGGCUUCGGUUCGCGGCUGAGCGAUGCCAGCUCCCAGCGGAUCUUGUGAAGCUCCGGCGGCUCCUCUCGUGCUGGUCGGAGCACUGGUUCCAGCAGCAUGUCGGUACCGAACGGGGAGUCUGCUUCCUCAGCAGCAUGGAUGUUGUCUUGGCGCUCUCGUUCAGUGCCGUGAUGCUGAAUCACAACCUUCACGGCCGCGGGAUCGGGUCGAGGCUCGUGACCAAGGAUCGGUUCGUCGAGGGAUGCCAGUCGUUGGGUGAGCACGAGGAGCCUUCGGUUCUGGUGGAGGCCAACAGGAUCUGCUCUGCCCUCUACGACGACAUCCGUUCGGGGCCGUUGUGUGCGCAGCAACCCCAUCCCAUCACGAGCACCUUGUGGGUCGUUGGAUCUGCAGCAAGGCCUUGCUUGCUGAUGCCUGACUGUCAGGACGAAGUCGAUCGAGAAAAGUCUCGUGCUGAAGGAAGGAUGGCUCAAGGUGUGGACAUGUACUUGACACCUCAGUGCUGGGGGCUGGAUGAGGAGAUCUGCAUCCAUUUCCCGUUGCAGAGCCGAGGACGAGGGUUGGUGAUAACAGGGGAGGAAGAAGCAUCGAGGAGAGUCAGCAGAUGUUUCUUGAUGUUCAACGGCAGCCAAAGGGACAAGCAGUGCAGGCUGCAUGUGGAGGCCCCUGAUGACGCGGAGGCGAAAUUGUGGGUAGAAGAGAUUGUGAGGGCGACUCAAACUGUGACCUUCCGCACCAACAUUCAGCGGGUGGUCCUGGACCAUCAACUUCGUCCUCGCGGGGAUGCCGGUACUGCUCUGAAGGCUCCUCCUACCUCUGCUAGCUAUCGCUUGCUCCUCCUCCCUUGCUCUCCGACCUUCCCACUCGAUGAUUACGAUGUCUCCACUCCAACAGCGGAGGGUCCAAGCAAGAUAGUGCAGGGCGGGAGUUUUAAGGUUUCCAAGGAGAAAAGCGUGUCUCUGCCACGCUCAAAGUCUCUGAAUGUGAAAAAAUCUUCAUCGAUGAUAGAGGCAAUAGAGUCGUCAGGCUCCUCCGAGAAAGAGCAGAGUCGUGGCAACGAAGAGCCGAAAUUGUGGAUCAACCUCAGGAUGGAAGAUUUCUUUGAAUACAACGAAAUGGGUGGACGAAAAGAAGAUCCGCAAGAAGAGACGAAUCCUGAGGAGACAGAACUGGAAAAGGGCAAGAGAGGAGAGGCUGACGCUGAAACUGAAACUCAAAAAGAAGAGGAGCAGGAUGCAGAAGCAGAAGCACAAAUAGAUGUGGAGCAGUCUGAUGUGGAGAAGUCGCAAGAACAGAUCGAAGAUGAUGCGAUAAACAAGCUGCUGGAGCAUUUUCAGAGGCCAGAUGUUGUGGAGGAGGAUAGCCUGUUGAGGUUCAAACAUUGGGAGUUCGAGUGCAUGCGGCACGAUCUGGCUCUCCUGCUCAAGUCGAAGUCUGUUAUCUGA